AUGUUGUCGCGCUCGCCUGUAAAUAAAAAAAACAAGUUAAGUUCGAUGCCGAACAAAUAUUUUAAAAGCGAAAUAAAAAAUGAAAAUAUUUCAUGUAAAGAGGAAAAAAGUGGUGAUAAAAAAUGGGAAGACACCAACUCCAUGUUUUGUAAAUCAGAAGAUAGAGAGCAAAAUAUUAUGUUAAAAAAUAUUAUAAUAUCAAAAAAUUCAAUUAAAAAUAAAAUAUGUACAAGCAAAAAUUGUAUAGUACAAAAAGAUAUGAACAGUAAAUUUGCAAGUUUAAAAAAGAACAAAAGAAAAAUUAAUUUACAUAAAGCAUCUAUUUUAUCCAUGAAAUCAAAAAUAACAAAAAUUAGUUCUUUACUAAAAAGAAAUGAACAUAAAGUAAAUAGGAAAAGUGAUGAACAUAUAAAAAAUAAGAACCACCUUAGUCGUAAUAAAAUUGUUAACUCUUAUAAACUCUUAUACGACAUAGAAAGGAUGAGAAAAAAUAAAAAAGAUAUAAUGUUAAUAAAAAAUGAAAAUAAUUCAAAGGCAAAAAAAAGUGUCUUAAUCAAGACCAUCAUACAUAAACAUUAUAGUAAAGGUGGGAAGAUGGAGAAAAAAUUUAUAAAUGAUUGUAUUGAUAAUGAAUGUAGUGGUAAUCUAAAUAAUGAUAGUAGUAAUAAUCAUAAUAAUGAAUAUAGUGAUAAUCAUAAUAAUGAAUAUAGUGAUAAUCAUAAUAAUGAAUAUAGUAAUAAUCAUAAUAAUGAUUAUAGUGAUAAUGAUAAUAAUGAAUGUAGUGAUAAUCAUAAUAAUGAAUAUAGUGAUAAUCAUAAUAAUGAAUAUAGUGAUAAUCAUAAUAAUGAUUAUAGUGAUAAUCAUAACUAUGUAUACCAUUACCCUUUCAAAAGACACAUGUCAUAUAACUCUCUACCUUGUAAUAUGAAAGAACCAAAAAAAAACAAGGAAAAUGAAGAUCAGCUCGAUUCACAUAAUACAGUAGAAUAUAAGAUACACAAAAAAUAUAGUAGGCUUACCCAUAGUAAUGAGUCUUAUAAAAAUAACAUAAUGAUAAAAAAAUGUAACUCUCUCGUGUUACCCAGGUUAAAUAAUAAAAAUGAAAUAUAUAAAAAUGAUUCUUCCAAUGACUUACACAAAUAUAACCGUUCAUAUAAUUCUUAUGAUAAACAUAUAAAGUUACACAAUUUAUAUGAUGAUAAUAAGUAUGCUUCGCCUAUAGAAGACAUUAAAAUAAUUAAGGAGAACAUUUCAAAUAAUUAUAUAACCUAUAAAAAACAUGUAUUACAAAAAGGUUCUGAUGAUAUAUCUCACAAUGGAAAAGUGAAAAAUGAUGCAAAUUAUAUGAUGAAUAUUAAUGAUUAUAGUAAAGAAUUUCAGAACAGUAUAGGAAAUGAAGUCGAUGUUACUAAUUUUUCUUUUAAUGUUGCUACUAUGGGGAAGGAAGAAUGUGUAAACGAAAACUUGGUAUAUAUUAAAAAUGAGACAAACAGUAUGAAUAAUAUGGAUAAUAUGGAUAAUAUGGAUAAUAUGUAUAAUAUGGAUAAUGUUAAUAUUAGGAAUAUGAAAAAUUAUUAUAAUAGGGAAAAUUCACAAAAUUCACAAAAUGCACAAAAUAUACAGAAUAUUCAAAAAAACAACCCUUAUUAUGAACAAAAAAUAGAAGAAGAUAUGAUUGAUGAUUACGAGCAUCAUGACGAUUUAGAAGAAUCCCUUUCUCAUUUAUCGGACUCUUUUAAUUUAGAAUAUUUACCAGCGAUUCCAGAUGACGUCAACUUGAUAAGUAGUAACGAUAAUUUCUUUAGUGUAUAUGGAAAAUCUAUAAAAUCCUCAUCUUUUUCAAAUAGUAUUCAUAAGGAUAUAAAAAAUCUACAGAAAAAUCAAAAUAGAUAUCCAUACUUUGAGGAUAAUAUAAAACAAUACAAUGAAGAACAUAUAUACGAAUCUCUAGGAAGUAAAGAUAGUCAAGAUCUACAAAAAGGUAAGAACGUUCCUUCACAUAAACCUAAAUAUUAUGAUGAUGAAGAUGAUGAGGAUUUAAUAAUCAGUAUGUUUGAUAAUGAUCAGGAGGAUAAAAUUAAAAAAAAAGAUAAACAUUCUAAUGAUGAUACAGAAGAGAGAAUACAUGAGCAUAAAAGAAACAUAGACAUUGUGCAAAAAAAAAUGUAUAGUAUUAAUAAAUUUCAAGGAGUAAAAGAGUUAGAUAAGGUAAAUAAUAUGAAAACGUUUUAUAGUAUAAAUCAUAAAACAAAUAAAAAAUUGAACCUAUCAGAAUAUUGCGAGAAUGAUGAAAAUAUGAGUAAGGAAAUAAAAAUGGAAGAAAUUAAUACAUACAAUAUGAACAAUAUGAACAGUACAAACAAUAUAAACUAUUCAUAUGAUUAUUAUGAUGAUGAAAAAAGUAAGGUCCUUUCAUAUAACGUUAAAGAAACAUAUGCGCACAAGUCUCAAAAAUACGCAUCAGAUCUCGAAAAAAAGAAGCACACAAAAAAUAAUAUUAGAAGAGGCCUUUACUUAGCCUCUAAAAUUUUAAAGGAUAUACAUGAAGAAAAACAAAAAAAAAAGAAAAUAAAAAAAAAAGAAAAUUUACAUAAUUAUGUUGAUAAAAAUAAAUAUGAUAAUAAUUAUAUUCAUAACGAAACAUAUAAUGAUACAUAUUCAAAUACAGUUCCAGUAUUCUAUGGAAUUAAAAAAAGUAAAAAUAUCUUAUCUUCAUCUUAUGAUGAUUUAUAUGUAAAUAUUAAUAAACAAAACAAUACUAGUAUAAAUAAAAAUAAGAAUAUUCUUUGUGAUAAUAAGUAUGAAAAUAGCGAUAUAAUGCCUAGUCAUAAAAGUAAAAAAUGUACACAUAAAAAUUAUGUGGAUAAUGAAUUUUUGAACAUGUCAGGAAAAAAUAAUAUUCUUGAUUAUUCUUUGAAUUCUCGAAAAGGAUAUAAUUAUAAUUAUAAUUAUGAUGACGAUGAUGAUGAUAGUUCAAUAAUACAUGUAGAUAGUAUGGAUGAUUUGAAAAUGUCUUAUGAAAGUAUAAGUUUGUUGAAUAAUUUUAGUUAUACCUUAGAUAAUUCAAAAGAUAUAGAUUUACACAAUGUACAUAAUAUAUAUACAAGAAUAAAUAGGAAAAAUGAUUAUAAUGUAAAUGUAGAGGAGGGGAAAAUAAAUAUCUCUUUAAAUGAAAAAAAAGAAAAAAGGAAGGAGCAGGAUUAUAAAUUUUCGGAAGAAAAAAAAGACAAUACUAUUAUUUUUGAUGAAAAUAAUGAUACAACAAAUGAUGUUAGUGUUAAUGUUAAUGUUAAUAAUGAUACAACCAAUGAUGUUAGUGUUAAUGUUAAUUUUAAUGUUAAUAAUGAUGAUCAUAAACAUACACAAAGUAAUAACAUUCAAAAUCUAUCAUCGCAGGAAAAUACUUAUAAAAAUACCGAUAAUAUAAAAAUACAAUGUAACUAUGAUAAAUGCUCGAAUGAAAUUAUGCAAAAGGAUAACGACUUUAAUAUUAAAUAUUUAUAUUCUUCAUCGUCUAUAUAUAGUAAUACAUCAGAAUGUAAUACCAAAAAUUAUAUGAAGGGAAAAAACAAAAUUAAUCUUUUGAAUAAAUACAUUAAUGACGAUUAUUAUGUAGACUAUUUCUCAAAUGAACUUGAUAAAAUUAUUAAAAAUAAGAAUAGUAUAAAAGAAAAGAAGAAGGAUAUGAAGACGAACAAUAUAAACAAUAAUAACAACAAAAAUGAAAGCAAAAGUAAAAAUAAAAAUAAAAAUAAAAAUAAAAAUAUAUAUAUAAACUUUUCAGAUGGAGAUAUACAAAUAAAUAAAAAAAAAAAAAAAAGUAAAAGUAAUGAAAAAUGUAAAAUAAAUAAAGAAAAUUAUAUAUGUGAUCAAACAAAAAAUUUCACAAAUAUUAUAAUUCCUAAAUAUGAAAUAAUGCAGAAAAAUAAUUAUUCAAAAAAAAGUUUUAAUAAUAUACAACAUAAUCAAAAUGGGGAGAUCGAUGAAAUUAACAAUAUAAAAGACGAGAUUAAAGAUAAAUCUAAACAUGAAGAGGAAGAAUAUGAGAUACUGCACAAUGUGGAUGAUAAAAAAUGUGAUCACAAUUCUGUGAAUCGUCAUAAUGAUGAUAAUAAUAAUAAAAAUGAUGAUCAUCCUGUUAAUCAUCAUAAUGAUGAUGAUGAUAAUAAUAAUAAUAAAAAAAGUGAUGAUCAUCCUGUUAAUCAUCAUAAUGAUGAUAAUAAUAAUAAUAAAAAAAAUGAUGAUCAUCCUGUUAAUCAUCAUAAUGAUGAUAAUAAUAAUAAUAAAAAAAAUGAUGAUGAUCUUGUUAAUCAUCAUAAUGUUAAUUUAUCAAACGAUCCCACACAAAGAAAAGAAAUUUAUUAUGAUAAUUCACAUGGAACAGGAAAUAAGAACAUAAUAAAAAAUCAUAUGAGUAAUUCAAUGAAUAAUAUGUACGAUUUAAAAGAUAAAAAUUAUUACAAUGAUCAAAAUAUUUUAUAUAAUGAUUUGUUAGAAGAUGUAAGACAUGUGUCCUUUGAAAAUGUUUAUUUGAAAAAUAAAGAAAAAAAUUUAUGUAAAGUAAAAACAAAAUAUUUGAAUGAGAAAAUUCUAAAGAAAGAAAAAGAUACAAAUUUAUAUUAUAAUAAUAAUAAUAAUAAUAAUAAUUUAUUAAAAAAUAAAAGUUCUGAACAAAAUAUUAAUAUUACUCCAAAUGCAUCAACGAAAGAAUUUAAACUUACAUAUGAACAUGUAGAAAAUGAAAACGAAAUUUGUAUAUCUAAUAGUAAUUCUACAUUAUGUGACGAUAUGAAUAAACAAAAUAAAUUAUCUUUGGAUAAUUGUGUUAAAAAGGAAGAAACUAAAAUAGAACAGCUCUUGCAAAAUAUUUUAUUUACACUAAAAAGUAACGAAAGAAAAAAUAAUAUUAUAAAAAAUAAUAAAAAAAUAAAUAAUAAUAAUAAUAAUAAUGAAGAUGGUCAUAAUAUUCCUUGUGACCAUAAAAAUAUUUCUGAUAAUGUUGUCUUGUCGAACAUUCAUAUGGUAAAUAAUCAAGACAUAAACGAAAACGUGUAUAAUAUAGAACCCCAAGAAUUUAAAGAAGAAGAAGAUAUCUCCAUGGUGAAUACAAAAAACUGUGACGAUAUUCAAGAAAAUAUAAAAAACGACGAAGCAUUUAUUGAAGAUAAUAUGUCUAAUAAGUUUACUAUUUUACAGUAUAUAAGUCGUUCUAUAAAGGUUUUAAAAGAAGAAAGAGAUAAUAUACAAAAUGAAUACGAUAUAUUAAAAGAACAAAUGAAUGUUAUACAAAACGAAUACGAUAUAUUAAAAGAACAAAAUGGUGUUAUACAAAACGAACAAGAUAUUUUAAAAGAACAAAAUGGUGUUAUACAAAACGAAUACGAUAUAUUAAAAGAACAAAAUGGUGUUAUACAAAACGAAUACGAUAUAUUAAAAGAACAAAUGCAUGUUAUACAAAACGAAUACGAUAUAUUAAAAGAACAAAUGAAUGCUAUACAAAACGAAUACGAUAUUUUAAAAGAACAAAAUGGUGUUAUACAAAACGAACACGAUAUUUUAAAAGAACAAAAUGGUGUUAUACAAAACGAAUACGAUAUUUUAAAAGACGAAAAAGAUAAGAUACAAAAACAAAAUGACACAUUAACAAAUAAAUGUAACGAACUACAAAAUCAAUGUUGUAAUAACCUAACGGAUCUUCAAAAUAUAACAAAGAAAUAUGAUGAUCUACAAAAUAAAUACAAUAUAUUAAACAAACUAAAUAACUCAUUAGAAGAGAAAAAUGAAGAAUUAAAAAAAUAUCAUGAACACGUCAUACAAGAAAGAGAUCAACUUAUAAAAGAAAAAGAAAGUGAUAAACAAGAAAUAGAAUAUUUAAAAAAUAAUGUAGAUGCGCUAAAAAUAGAUAAAUCAAAUUAUAUGACUGAACAAAAUGAUAAUAUAGAUAAAAUAAAAAAAUUAGAAGAGGAAAAAAAAAAAUUAGAAGAAGAAAAAAAAAAAUUAGAAAUAGAAAUAAAUAACACAAACGAUAUUCUAAUAUAUAAGGAAGAAAAUAUAUUAUAUGAUGAGAAUAUAAUAAAUGAAGAAAGAAAAGAAAACGAAAAAUUGAAAAACGAAUUGGAUAUAAUUAAAAAAGAAUAUGAUGAACUAUUAAAUAAAUAUGAUGAGAAUAUAAUAAAUGAAGAAAGAAAUAAUAUGAAAAAUAUUCUUAUUAAAAAAGAAGAGGAGAUGAAAGAAAUUAAAGAAAAUAAAAUUGUAUUAAAAAAGGAUAUAGAUAUGUAUGUAAAUAAUAUACAUAUUUUGGAAAUUGAAAUGAAGAAAAUAAAAGAAGAAAAUAAUUUAUUAAAAUUAAAGAAUCUGGAAUUAUUAGGAAAAGAAGAUGAUAUAAAUAAGUCAUCUAUAGUUAUGAAUCAUAAUAAAGACAUCGAAAUGAAAAACAAUAAAAAUAGCCCACAAGGAUAUUAUAAUGAUAAUAUGAAUGAAUAUUUAUAUUUAAAUGUUGAUAAAAAUAUAUUAAAAAAUGUUUUUGAUCAUCAUGAUAAAAAUUCAAACACGUUUAAUGAUAGCUGGAAUAUAUUUAUAGAAGAGAAAAAUGAUAAGUUCAUAAGCAUACAAGAAAAUGAUAAUACGAAUAAAAAGAAUUAUGACAAAAAAAAUAAUAUUACGAAUACUUAUAAUGAUCAUAAUAAUAAAGAUGAAUUUAAAAAUGAUUUAAACUGUAAUUUUUUAUGGAGACAUUAUGAAAAAAUAUUAAAAGAUAUAAAUCAUAUAAGUAUUGAUAAAUUAAAAAUACAAUAUAAAGAUUUGUUAAAAGAAUAUAUAUUUUUAGAACUCUUAGUUAUAGAAUAUGAGAAAAAUAAUGUAGCAUUACAUGAAAUUAAUAAAGAAGGAAAUAAACAAAUAAAAAAAGAAAUGGUUCAUUAUAAAAAUUUGUGUAUAGAAUUAGAAAAAUCAAACCAAGAGUUAUAUGAUAAGUUAAAUGAAAUAAAUAAUGUCUUACAUAUUCGAGAUCAUAAUAAAGAAGAUAAUGAUAAUAAAAAUAAGGUAUGUAAUAGAAAAGGUUCAUCUAUAUAUAUAGAAAUAUUAAACAAAACAUAUAAUAUAACCAAAAAUAUUGAUAUUAUAAAUGAAGCAAUAUUUAAUAUGAAAGAACAAAAAAAUGAUAACAAUAUAAAAAUUUCUAAUAUUUUAAUAUAUUUAAAUAUUAUAUCUACAGAUAUUAUGUUUAUACAUACAAAUAUUUCUUAUAUAAAUGAAUAUAUAACGAAAAGUACUAUAUAUCUCGAUAUUCAUCACUUAAAAAACACUCUUCUUUAUAAGGUCUCUACAAAGGAUAAUAUAAAUAUGAAUACAUCAUCAACAUUAUGUAAGGACACAAAGGAAUUUAAAAAAUAUAAUAAUCAAACAAAUAAAACUAAUACUAAUAUAAUUAUGGGUGAUGAACAAAUAUUUAAGGAGCAAGAAUGUAUUAAUAUGAAAAAUAAAAAUAGAGAUGUGAAGAAUAUUAAAAAUUAUGUAAAUGAUGAUGUAAAUGAGGAUGUAAAUGAUGAUGUAAAUGAUGAUGUGAAUGGUGAUGUGAAUGAUGAUAAUGUAAAUGAUGAUAAUGUAAAUGAUGAUAAUAUAAAUAAUGAUAAUAUAAAUAAUGAUAAUAUAAAUAAUGAUAAUAUAAAUGACCAUGGUGAAGAAUACAAUCAUAGUGGCGAUAUUAUAAAUAAAAAUAUAUUAUUUACAGAUAUGGAAAUAAAAAACAAAACAGAUAAUGUAACAAACAAUAUUAUAAACAAACAACAUGAUGAACAUAUAGAAGAUGUAUUAACCUUUUUUGAAGUAUCCUUUUCUAGUGAUCUUUUCUUAAUAUUAUGUCACAUGUGCAAAAGCAUUAAUGAAGUUAAUUGUUCCUUAAGGAAAAAUGAUAUAAAUUCGUGCACCGAUAGUUUAAUAUAUAUUAAACAUGUAUUACAUGAUAUAAAUAAUUUUUAUAAAAAUGAAGAGAAUACAUCCUUUUUAGAUGUUUACGUACAUUUAUUUGAUAUUUUUAAAAAGUCAGUAGAUAAAAUGUUGAAUAUUAUACAAGCACAAAAAGAUUUAGAUAAAAUAUAUAAAAUGUUUGUAGAAAUUUAUUAUAUGAAAAAAAUUAUACGAUUUAUAAUAUUUUCCUUUUUUAAGUUUCACGACAUAUAUUCCGUAUUUAAUGUUAAUACAUUAGAUGGGGUAUCCUAUUGUGUAAUACCUACUAUGUCUAAGGAUGAUGAAAAGAAAGUACAAAAUAGUAAUGAAGACAAGGAUGUAGACAUAGGAAAAAAUAUAAACGUAGGAAAAAACAUACAUAACGAUGAUGAUGAUAAUAAGCACAUAAAAAAUAAUAAACGUGUGAUCUAUUCUCAUACAUCACAUAUAUGUAGUGUAAUAAAUAAAUAUUAUUACAGCUACUGGGAUGAAUAUUAUACAAGUAAUGAAAGAGAAAGGACUGUAUCGAAUUAUAAGGAUAAAAAAAAGAAAAAAGGAAAAUAUAAUGAUAUAAACAAAAAGGACGAAAUGGACAUAAAGGAAAACGAUAGAGAGAUGUUAUACAGUCUUAUGUUGAAAAUAUUAGAAUAUAAUUAUAAUGCACAUAUGAUACCCAAUAUUAUCUGUAUAUAUGAAGAUAAGAAAACAAUAUUAAAUAAUGAUAAUAAAAUAUGGUUAUUUGAUGAAAAAAGAAAUUACGCUAAAUAUGUUUUAAAAAUAAUUUAUGAACAUAUGAAAUUGGGUAAUUUUCUUAUUAAUAGUAAUGAAUUUUUAAAUACAUUUGAAGAAAAAAGUUUAAAGAAUUAUUUGUAUAAGAAUAUAUUUUUUAAAAAAAAUUAUAAUAUAAAUAUUGAUAUAAUACAUCAACAUUUAAGUAUGUUAUUUAAACAAAAUAUAGGCAUAAAUUAUGAAUAUUACUAUGAACAAUUUUUAUUAAUAUUAAAUAAAAUAAUAUUAAAUAUAUCAUCAAAUAAUAAUAUUCAUUACUUAAAUACAACUACUUGUGAAAAUAUUUUCUUCUUUGACAAUAUAAAUAUAGAGGAAAAUCAUAUAAAUAAAGGUGUGCAUACAUCAUCAUUUAUGGAUAUACAGCAUGGGAAUAAAAAUAAAAGUAAUAAUAAUAUAAAGAGUUAUAAUAAUAAUAAUAAUAUAAAGAGUCAUAAUAGUAAUAAUAAUAUAAAGAGUCAUAAUAGUAAUAAUAAUAUAAAGAGUCAUAAUAGUAAUAAUAAUAUAAAGAGUCAUAAUAGUAAUAAUAAUAUUACAGAACUCAGAUCCUUAUCAUAUAAUACAUCCAUAUCGAAUACUAAUUUUACAACUUUUAAAAAUAAUAAUCCUAUUAAUCAUAAUAUAAACUAUAUAAUAAAUUAUCCUUUAUUAGAUAUAGAUAAUAAAUAUAUGAGUGUAUUAUUUCAUAUGUGGCAAAAAAUGGAAUUAAAUUUUUUCUCUAAGAUAUAUUAUCAAAAUAAUAAAUAUAAAGAAAUAAAAGAAAAAAACAAUUUAUCCAAAUCAUGUAGUUAUAAUAUAAAUAAUAAAAGGUUGAUAAAAAAUAUGUGGAGUACCAUGAAUAUUAAUGAUUGUACAACAAAAAAGAAAAUGUGUCACCUUGAUGAUAUCGAUUCAGAAAAUGAGAAAUAUAAUAUGAAAAAAGAUAUACAUAAUAACCAGAAGGUUUUACAUAAUAAUAAUAUAAACAGCUCAUAUAAUAAUAAUAUUAAUAAUCAAGAUGUUAAUAAUAAUGAUUCUUUUAAUAAUUUUCGUUUUAAUAAUUUUCGUUUUAAUAAUAAAUUACAUGAAGAGAAAAAUGCAGAAAACAAAAAGAGUUCAAAAUACUUAAACAAAUUUUCUUCUUUAAAUAAAAUGAAUACACUUGAUUAUGGAAGUGAUCAUAAUUCUUAUGAUUAUUCAAUUGACACAUACUUAAAACUUAUGGUUUUCGAUAUAUUUAAAUGUAAUAAUGAAAAAAAAGAAAUAGGAAUUGAUGAUUUUAUUUUUGUUUUUAAACAAUUACAUAUAAAUAUUAAAAAACAUGUCAUAAAUAAAAUAUGGACUAUACUAACGGGAAAGCAAAAUCUAAACAUCGCAUUAAAAGAAAAAAUCACAAUCUCCACGUUUAUUAAAAAAGCAUACACAACAAAUCCAUCACUUAUUUUUUAUGAAUACUGUAAAACAAAAGUACAAUUAAAAGAAGCCAACAAAAAUAUUAAGCUCUUACAAAAGUAUAACAAAAAAAUGUUACUCCUCGUAACAAAUUGA